UGCCACACAAAUGGUGUUGUCAGGAUAGCAGCUCCCCCUCGAGGUACUGUCAUUUGUUCAAUGAAGUGAGACCAGAUUAUGGCUGCUCACAGGAUGCUGAAUUUGUGUCAGGUGAGUCUAUUAUUUAUUUCUGAAAACAAACCACCAAUAACAAUGUUUUUAUAUGAAUACAAAUUUAGUGUGGAUUGACUUUCUCUUCAUUUAAUGUUUAGUUAUCAAAAAAGAGAAAAGUUAUCCACUAUAUAUAUGGACCAACAAAGGAUAAACAUGGAUUGAGAAUGCGAACCAACGAGGUUGAGGCUUGUAUAAUCUGUAUUAGGAUACUGCACUAGUAGCAAAAAUAGAAAGGGGCAGGUUAACUGGGCAAUAAUUGAAGAAAAUCAUCAGGUCUGAGUGGAAGGAAGUGGUGAGGCAGGCCGAAGCCCUACAUGGGGUGUAGUGCCACAGGGAGGGAUUGAUAAAUUAUCAAAACAAAUAAUCAUGAAAUAGUUGACUAUUUAAUUAAUAACAUAUUGUCAUUUAUUUGGUUUAAAUGAGCAAAAACAUCUUUAAUAAAACUUUUACAAAUCUGCCAUACUAACAUGGUUUAAUUACUUAACAUUAGGCUUAAAUGAAUACUUUCUCUUCUAUUUAAUGUAGUGUUUAGUCACAGUUAAACAUGUAUUAAAUUUUAUUUUUGAAGCAAUAUUUUAAAAAAAUAUUAAUUCUAGUAAAUUAAAGCAAAAUAACUAUAGUUAAUGUUUAACUUUUAAAUCUUUUACUUUGGUUCAUUCUGUAUGCUAAAUGAAAUGAGUUUUUCUUAAAUAAAUUUUUUUACAAUCAGGCGUAGCAUUAGGAGACCCUCACAUUUUGACAAUAGAUGGACACGGCUACACAUUCAAUGGUUUAGGGGAGUUCAUCCUCCUUGCUAUCCCGCAGCAAGAUUUCAUGUUCCAGGGUAGGACCAGCCAAGCUCUCAAUAGUCAAGGGACUAAAACAGCAGCCACUGUAUUCAUUGCUUUUGCAGCUAAAGAG